CUCACACUAUAAUACUAAUCAUUGCGUGAUACAUUCGCUCAAUAUUCAACAAGGGAAUGAUUUUUUAUUUGACUGUUAAGGAAGCAGAAGCCUACAAGAGCAGUUGCCUUUUCCGUGAAACAAAAGCGGGAAAAGACGUCUGCUUUUGUAGGCUAAGGAGGCUUUAAACUAGAAGUAGAGAAAUUCGACUGACGACAUAAAUCUUUCCUGAAGAGAGUGGUAUUGUUCACAUUAAAAUUUAUGGGAAAGGAUUUUCAGUGAUUGGGAAGACUAAUAAUAGGUUUGACCAGAUCUCUCAGCUUUAGUUCUCAAGAAAGAUGAACUAUUGCGCAUGUCAAAGGAAUUGGACAAAAAACAAAUCAGAGCCCCCAGUCGAACUCAUCACCUUCUAUACUGAUCGGACAAUACAACUACUGGGCUAAUAUGGAGGCUUGUGGCAAGCUACUUCGCUUUUGUAUACGGAUGCCAUAUUGGUGUUUGCAGUAAUUUAGUUCAAGUCGAUAUCAUGUAAGCAGACAGACUAUAGUUAAUUUGUGAGUUGGGAACAGCGCGGCUUUAGUGACACUAUUAACGGAUUCUCUUUUUUUCAUGUUUCUUAUCCAAGCAACCUUAAUUUUAACGUCUGUGCGAACUUGUUCUCUAGGUGUAUGUUACGAUAAGAGAUGGGACUGCAAGGACUUGGCGAACGAUGGCCACUGCCAGAGUAACCCGUACGCAACAUUACGAGAAUGUCCGAUUUCUUGUGGUGUUCAUUGCAAUCCAUGCCGGGACUUCGGCUGGGACUGUGAGAAGAGGAAAGAUGAGUGCCAUAGCCACCCCUAUGAAGCUGGACACCACUGUCCAAAGUCCUGUGGAAUUUGUUAUUGA